UAGCUUUCCCUGAAUUUAUUCUCCACAUUUCAUUGCCGUUUCAUUUGUUUAAGACUCAUUAAUUGUUUUCUCUUUUCUUUGUUAGUUCUUCUCAAACAUGUCUUUAUAAAGGUGCCUUUCUUGUCCAGAGAAUGGCCUUUUAUUCUCUCAGGUGUGUAGGUGGAGCGAUGUGGGAUCAGGUGUUGGAUCGCUCUUUAAAAGCAUGUGUUAGUCUCAAUAGUUCAGUAACUGCAUUCACUGGAGCGUCACACCUGCAAAUGGAGUGGCUUCAAGUCUUUGGAGUCCUGGGAUGUUUACUACUCUGCAGUGGAACUCUAACCUCGCCAAGCCCAGCACAGAAUCCCUCCUAUCUCAUAUCAGUCUCUGAAGUCCUGCGCUGUGGCGUCCCGACUACUUUAUCAGUCACCGUUCUGGCAGAGUAUCCCAUCAAGGUCACGGCUGAACUCAUCCAUGGAAACAGCAGUGUGGCCCAAACAGAGAGCACCAUCCCAGCAGGCUCUACCAGACUGCUGGCUCUUCCGCCUGUCUUUUCUGAUGACAUGAGUUACUGGUAUCCAUAUCAGCUGGAUGUUAAGGGAUUUGUUGGAGCUAAUCAAGUGUUUUCCAACUCCACCACGAUGGUCUUCAGCCCCAAGUGCAUGUCCAUCUUUAUCCAGACCGACAAGAACAACUACCAACCAGGGCAGACGGUGAAAUUUCGGGUUGUAUUGGUUACACCUGAAGGAAAGCCGUCCGAGGGUCAGAUCGAUAUUUUUAUCAGGGAUCCCAAGGGGAAUAUGAUUCGACAGUGGCUGUCUGUGGACGGCUUUCUAGGUGUUGUUUCGAAAGAGCUGAACCUCUCUCAGAACCCGCCGCUCGGCCCGUGGAAAAUUGUAGCUGGAAUCAAAGAUGUUGUACACGAGAGAGAGUUCACUGUGGACAACUAUGCGCUGCCUAAAUUCGAGGUGAACGUGGACGUCCCCUCCGUCCUGCAUUAUGAAGACAUACUGACCGGGACGGUCACAGCCAAAUAUUUUCAUGGGAAGCCCGUCAGUGGGAUGAUGUCUGUCACAUAUUUCCACUUUUUCAAUGGACUUAAUAAGCAUUACCAACUGAAAGAAACAAUUGACGGUUCUGCUGCCAUCACGUUUGAUGUGCCGCACUCCAAACGGUUAGGUGACCACACAUACUCAUAUUACGAUGAAUAUGGGCCCAGUGAAUAUGUGGACAUUAGUGUGAAUGUCACAGAUGUUACAGGGUUAACCUACAACAGCAGCGCGAGGGUUUCUAUAGUGAUGAAUAAAUACAAUCUGGAGUUUCUGCAGCAUCCACAGAUCAUAAAACCCUCCAUGACCUUCACUGCUCAGCUGAAGUUAAGCACCUAUGACAGCCAGCCACUUACAGCUGAAGAGCAGAGCGGAAGUGUGCGGCUGGCAGUGACCCAGAGCAAGUUCAGCCCCUGGACGUGGACGUGGGACAACAACGAAUCCCUGGCACCUCGGAUGAUGAACGACACACCAAGCUUCUCUUCCAUUUACGAUAUUCCAGUUGAAAAUAUCGAUCUUCCUGUUACUGCUGAUGGUGUGAUGUCUUUCCAGAUUCACCUCUCUGACAGCGUUGCCACACUCAAUAUAGAGGCCCGGUUUAAAGAUGCAGUCCAGGGUCUUCAGCUCUACAGAAGUUAUUCUUCACCAAGCAGUUCCUACAUACAGCUUCACAGAGACAGUGAGCCUCAGGUUGGACAGCCGCUGUAUUUGACUUUGGAGAGCAGUUUUAACCUGGCAGAAUUUCACUACCUUGUGAUGUCCCGCGGUCGGGUGGUGGAUGCUGGGACGGUACAUUCCUCCUCCUUCAGUCUGAACACAAAUCACUCUUGGACUCCAGAGGCCUGUGUGAUGGUGUACCACACACUUCCAGACGGAGAGAUCGUGAAUGAUGCUCUGCAAGUUACUUUCACACAAGUCCUGAGAAACACAGUAUCUCUGAGCUGGAGUCAGGAUCAUGCCAAACCAGCAGAUUCUGUCUUUCUCUCUGUUUCUGUAUCCGAGGCUGGAUCUCUGCUGGGAAUUCUGGUGGUGGACAAAGCAGCAUUGGACUCCAGCAAAGACAAUGGCAUCACAGAGAAGACGGUGCUGGAAGAAUUUAUGUCGUAUAGCAGAGAGAUGACCCAUACGGAUUACAGCAGCAUGAAAAUGGGAGAUCCGUAUUCCAUAUUCAUGACAUGCGGCGUCACGGUUCUGACUGAUGCCAUGCCGAAUCAGGAAAUUGAUCAGUUUUUCCCAGCGUUUCCAGGGGCGGACGUCUAUCGGAAUCAGCUGGACAGCGAGGCUUUUCAGGAGCCCAGAAAGAGAAAAGACUUUCCUGAAACCUGGAUCUGGCUGGAUGCUAAUGUGAGUAAUUCUGUCUCAGAUUCCUUCCAGUUCACUGUGCCGGACAGCUUGACCUCUUGGGUGGCCUUUGCCAUCGUGAUGUCAGAAAAUCUGGGUUUGGGCAUCAGCGCUCCUGCAGAGCUUACUGUGUUCCGAGAUUUCUUUGUGUCACUGAAUCUCCCGGCAUUCCUGAUCCGUGGAGAACUGCUACUGCUGGAAGUCAAUUUAUUCAACUAUAUGGAUGUAGAUUUGGAGGUGAUGGUGGUGGUUGCAGAAAGUUGGAUGUUUGAGUUUGUGUCACCAGACAAUGGAGGAUUUUCCUUGGACAACGUGAGGAAAGCCUCGGUGUUGAGUAACAACAUCACAACACUUCUGUUCCCCAUCAGAGCCACAGUGCUGGGAGAGAUUCCGAUCUCUGUCAAAGCCACGUCCGUCUACUCUUCAGACUGGGUCUACAAGACGGUUCUUGUCAAGCCAGAGGGACUGGAGCAGUCGUUCACUCAAACCUUGUUUCUGGAGUUUCAACUGAAUCAGAAAACGCUGACUAGGACAAUGUCAUUUAGUUUUCCUCCAAAUGUGGUUCCUGACAGUCAAAGGGCCAGCAUUUCUGCUGUGGGUGACAUUCUGGGCCCGUCCAUUGACAAUCUGGACUCUCUCGUUGAGAUGCCUUAUGGUUGUGGAGAGCAGAACAUGAUCCAUUUUGCUCCGAAUAUUUAUGUUCUCCAGUACAUGAGAAGCACCAAGCAGAGCGAUGAACAGACCAGAAACAAAGCUAUGAGCUCCAUGAUGGAAGCUUAUGAACGUGAGCUUUCUUACCAAAGGAUUGAUGGCUCCUUCAGUGCUUUUGGAGACAGUGAUGAUUCUGGCAGCACAUGGCUGUCAGCGUUCGUGCUCAGGUGUUUCCUCCAGGCUCAGGACUUCAUUUCCAUUGACCGGAUGGUGAUGCAGAGGAUGGCAUAUUGGCUGCUGGCCCAUCAGAACUCUGACGGUUCGUUCAAUGAGCCGGGUCGGGUCAUCCACACAGAGCUCCAGGGAGGACUGGAUGGGCCGGUGUCUCUCACAGCGUACGUCCUCAUAGCGCUUCUGGAGGACGCUGAAUACAGGAGUGCAUAUGAAGGCAGCAUUUCUUCUGCCGUGAGUUACCUGACAUCUCGACUGGCUCAGGGAAUCUCCAGUAACUACAGCCUGUCUUUAGUCACCUAUGCUCUGUCACUGGCCAACAGCACCGCCGCCCCAUCUGCCCUCACCGAGCUGUUGAACAGAGCACUAAUUGUUGAUGGAGUGCCAACCUGGAGAUCUCCAGCCAACGUCCUAUAUAAUUCCUGGCAGCCAAGUUCAUCAGAUAUUGAGAUAUCGGCCUACAUACUGCUCGCCAUGCACAGACUCCGACUAAUGGAUGAAGGAUUCACUCUGAUGAAGUGGCUCAGUAAGCAAAGAAACCAUCAAGGGGGAUACGGAUCCACUCAGGAUACAGUGAUGGCGUUGCAUGCACUGUCAAUCUACGCCACCUUCAGCAACGCAGAGUCCAUAGAUCUCAGCAUCACUGUGAACAGUGCCUCCGGUGCUGCCGCCACAUUCAACAUAGACAGAUACAAUUACCUGCUCCAACAGAGCCAAGACCUGCCCAUUGAAGCAGAAGAGGAGGUUGAUAUUGAGGUGGUGGCAGAGGGUAAAGGCUUUGCUCUGUUUCAGCUUAGUGUGUUCUACAAUGUGAUGAACCUGAGAACAUCGCUCAGACGACGUGACAUGCACACGAACGAGGCCUUUGAUUUAUAUAUAGACGUGAUGGACAAUGAGGAGUUCAGUGUAAACCUUUACAUAUGUUUCAGGCUGAGGGAGAACCAGGGCCUGAGACAGACGGGUAUGGCCAUACUGGACGUGGGUUUACUCUCGGGGUUCAGUUUGGCCCAGAACGGUGUCCAGCUAGAUGAUAUAGUCAGACGAGUAGAAACGCCUUCAGGACGAGUUAUACUGUAUUUAGACACGGUGACCACAGUGGAAAGGUGCAGUGAAAUAUCCACCAUCCAGGAAUUUAAGGUGACCAAUAUCCAAGAUGCUGUGGUCAUGAUCUACGAUUACUAUGAGACCCAACGGAGGACAGUGCGGUCCUACACAUCUGAGACAAGACGGGACAUGUCUGUGUGUUCGCUAUGUGGGCCGGAUUGUGCCCAGUGUGGGGUUCAAGACAUCUGGCUGACUGACAGGACGACGUCCAUUAACCAACAUCCACUUCUGGCUCUAAGUUUGACCACAGCACUCAUCAUCCUCCUGUCAAUCUACAACUAGUGUUUUUUUCCUAAAUCAAAACCAUUGUAAUCAGUAACACAAUAUCACAAGCAAAAUGAAUGUGUAAAUUGUUUUAAAAAUUGCUUCUGUAAAUGUGAAAAAAUUCUGUGUAAAUUUACUGUUUGAAAAUUGGUUCAUUUAGUUCAGUGCAACAAUGAAUACUUUUACAAACAUUAAUUUA